AUGUCCACGACGGUGAAGCAAAUCGCUUCAUCGGCAGCCAGCAAGCAAGAUGAAGAGGCCGGUCUGAGUACGCCAAAACCUACUGGCAAGAAUGCCAACUACAAAGGCUUUGUCGCUGGUGUCUUUUCCGGGAUCGCGAAGCUCAGUGUCGGCCACCCCUUCGAUACAAUCAAAGUCCGGCUUCAAACCUCAACAAAAACCCAAUUCACAGGUCCAAUCGAUUGUCUCCUUCAAACAGUCCGCAAGGAAGGCUUCAGCGGUCUAUACAAAGGCGCUACCCCACCGCUGAUCGGCUGGAUGUGCAUGGACAGUCUCAUGCUCGGCUCCCUGACCCUCUACCGACGUCUCCUAAACGAGAACGUCUUCCAACCACUCCGCGCACGACCAACGAGCCAACACAUCUGGAAGUCCGACGCUGAACGCGAGAAAUUGCCACCAGUCGGUCACGGAAUGGCGGGUAUGCUAGCCGGCUGGACCGUUUCCUUCAUCGCCGCUCCCAUCGAGCACGUCAAAGCCCGCCUCCAAAUCCAAUACCAAGCCAACAAAUCCCAACGCCUUUAUUCCGGCCCACUAGAUUGCACGCGCAGAAUCUACACCUCUCACGGUCUUCCGGGACUCUGGCACGGUCUCCGCGCUACCCUUCUCUUCCGCACCUUCUUCUUCUUCUGGUGGGGCUCCUACGACCUCUUCACCACCUACCUCACCACCCACACCUCUCUCAGCACACCCGCGAUAAAUUUCUGGGCGGGUGGCUUGAGUGCGCAGGUGUAUUGGCUUACGUCUUAUCCUUCUGAUGUCGUGAAACAGCGUAUCAUGACUGAUCCCUUGGAGGUUGGGAAGAGGAAAUACCCGAGGUGGAGGGAUGCGGCGCGAGCCGUGUAUAGGGAGGGUGGAGCGAGGGGCUAUUGGAGGGGGUUUGUGCCGUGUUUUUUGCGAGCGUUCCCGGCGAAUGCGGCGGCGCUGGUGGCGUUUGAGGGGGUUAUGAGACAUCUGGAUUAG